ACCACCACAUUUCGGUGUACAACGCUCGAGACGCCCAUGCAGAUGCAGUCCUGCCACUUGUUCUGGCACAAGUCCACGCUCAGCAUCGUGCUCAAGCGCGAGUUGGCUGACUGCGAGCCCAGUCGGGAGGUGCCGGUGCUCCACGUCAAGCGGUCCGCAUUGUUCGGGGGCGACCUGGAGAUCGACCUUGGAGGCAGCGUCCAUCCCGUUCGAAUGCUGCCGGUGUCGGGCAAGGACGUGCACAAUCUACGCUUCGGUCUCGUGUACGGGCCCAAACGCAAGCGCGUUCGCUUCCGCGCACCUGACGUCGCGACGUACGACAACUGGGAGAUGGUUCUCGAGGUGGCCGUCGAGAAGGCAGCAGCCGAGCGACCGACGUUCCCCACGUGGCCGUACCCCGGGACGUCGCCGAGUUUGUCAGCACUGGAAGACGGCUAUGUAUCGGAGGAG